GGUGCGCUCCGGAGGGCGGGGCGGGGCCGGGCCGGGCCGGGCCGCCCUUCAACCCCCUCGGCGGCUGCGGCGGCGGCAGUCCCGGGGCGAGCGGAGCGGAGCGGGGUCGCACCGGCGCCAGCCGAGCCAUACGGAACCGUACCGUGCCCUACCGAGCCGCCGGGGUUUUGAGCAGCUGAGCACCACCCACGAGAGGACAAGAUGUUUGGGGGAAAAAUGACCAGUGUUGGGAAGAAGCUGAUCCGCCGGCGCGUGGUGGAUCUGAGCUCUGAGGACACACGUUUUGCUCGCUGCCUCUCCACGCUGGACCUCAUCGCCCUGGGGGUGGGCAGCACGCUGGGGGCCGGCGUGUAUGUGCUGGCUGGGGAGGUGGCCAAGGAGACGGCUGGUCCCUCCAUCGUCCUCUGCUUCCUGGUGGCUGCUCUCUCGUCAGUGCUGGCCGGACUCUGCUACGCAGAGUUUGGGGCCCGUGUCCCCAAGACUGGCUCUGCCUACCUCUACAGCUACGUCACCGUCGGCGAGAUCUGCGCUUUCACAACUGGCUGGAACCUCAUCCUCUCUUACGUUAUAGGCACGGCCAGCGUGGCUCGAGCCUGGAGCGCAGCAUUCGACAACAUCAUCGGCAACCACAUCUCCACUUUCUUCAUGAACAAGACCACAUUGCACCUGCCAGGGGUGCUGGCUGAGCGCCCGGACUUCUUCGCCCUGAUCCUGAUUGGGCUGCUCACUGCGCUGCUGGCCUUUGGCGUCAGCGAAUCUGCUCUCGUGAACAAAAUCUUCACGGCGGUGAACCUGGUGGUGCUGGGCUUCGUCAUCAUCGCUGGCUUCGUGAAGGGAGACAUCAAGAACUGGCAGCUCUCGGAGGAGGACUACACCAACAGCAUGUACCCGGACCCGCCUGAUGACAUCAGAAAAAUAGACUUUGGCUCUGGCGGGUUUGUCCCCUUUGGACUGGAAGGGAUCCUGACUGGCGCUGCCACCUGUUUCUAUGCCUUCGUGGGCUUCGACUGCAUCGCCACCACAGGGGAGGAAGCCAGGAACCCACAGCGCUCGAUCCCCAUCGGCAUCAUUGUGUCCCUCCUCAUCUGCUUCGUGGCUUAUUUCGGGGUGUCUGCGGCCCUGACCCUCAUGGUGCCCUACUUCCUCCUGAACAAGGAGAGCCCCCUGCCCGAGGCUUUCAAGGCGGUGGGCUGGGAGCCCGCCCGCUACGCCGUUGCUGUCGGCUCGCUCUGCGCCCUCUCCACCAGCUUGCUGGGCUCCAUGUUCCCUAUGCCCCGCGUGAUCUAUGCCAUGGCGGAGGAUGGGCUGCUCUUCAAGUUCCUCUCCAACAUCAACAGCCGCACGAAGACCCCUCUGUCAGCCACCAUCACCUCGGGGCUCCUUGCGGCGGUGAUGGCCUUCCUGCUUGACCUGAAGGACCUGGUGGACCUCAUGUCAAUCGGCACGCUGCUGGCCUACUCCUUGGUGGCGGUGUGCGUGCUCAUCCUCCGGUACCAGUCUGGGCAGCUGAACUCCCCGAAGGCCGUGGAAAUGCUGGAGCUGAACGGGAACGAGGAGGAGAGGGUGAUCAUGAACCCGACCAUCGCCACCACCAGCGCCCAGCAGAAGGAGACGUUGUCCCUGGCCACGCUCUUCAACCCGCCCACAAACACCCCCACUGCGCUCUCGGGACGCAUUGUCUACGUCUGUGUCUCAGUCAUCGCCACACUCAUCACGGUCAUCUGCAUCGUCCUGACCCUCAAGGUAAACGCGCUGAAGGAUGCCAGCGUGGGCUGGAUCGUAGCCCUGGUGCUGCUCCUCGUGGCUCUGCUCAUUCCCACCAUCAUCGUUUGGAGGCAGCCGCAGAGCAACGCGCGGUUGAACUUCAAAGUACCUUUCCUCCCGCUCCUGCCGAUCUUCAGCAUCUUCGUUAAUAUCCUGCUGAUGGUACAGCUGAGUGCUGGCACCUGGGUGCGGUUUGCCAUCUGGAUGGUCGUGGGUUUUAUGAUUUACUUUGGCUAUGGGAUUCGGAACAGCGUGGAAGGGAAAAACGCGGAGGAAGCCUGUACGACAGUAGAAAAGCCUCUGCACCACCCUGGACUGGACCUCAGCCCUGGGGCUGCUGCGGUCUGAGAGACCGGGCACCCGCACUCCGUGGACCUCUGCCAGUAUUCCCGCUCAGGACAAGAUCAUGAUCCGCAUGGUACAUCCAUCCCCUGCCCUGCAGGGAGUGAGUCCCAGCGUCAGGACCGCCGAGCCGGGCCGUGUGCUGGCCUUUCCCCUCGCAGAGCAGAGGUCACGGAGACGAGACCCCGGGCCGGGUGGGAGCACUGCUGGGCCGGGGCUGGUCUCUGCCAGUGACAGCGGCAUGGCGCUCCCGCCGUGGAAGCUGCUGUCAGAAAUGCUGCUUUCCCUGCGCACAGGAGGCCCCGCGUGAUGGUGCAGCUGUAUUUGUCCUGUCUGUGCAUGUGGCUGUGGUCACCACCUCCUCCCUGUGCUUUCCAAGCGUUGUGCCACGAGGCUUGGGGCGGCCAUUCUGAUACCGCCAGCAGUUCGGUACUUGCCGGCAGCGCGGGGCUCAGCUGGCCAAACCCCUCUCUGUGCUUGGGAUUUGCAUCCCACGCUGAGCCUUGCGUUGCCCCAGCCAUGCUGCUUGGGGUGAGCAUCCAGCUCGGAUGUCCAUCAAGAUGUCCACAGGGCGGCCAUGCCAGCCUCCAACCUCGUAUCCCUUUGUAUAAUUGGUGUUUUAAUGACGA